GAGGCGGUGAGCCGCGGUGGAACCAGAAGGGAGGAGCGGGCUGGGGUUACAUUCUCCCGACUUUCGCAAGGCGCUGUCGCUCCAGAAACUUAAGCGAUUUUAGUGGGCUUCCCACUGAAUGGUUUAGAGGGCAGAAUGGCCUCUAGGCGAAUCACACGGGAGACGUUUGAUGCUGUAGUACAAGAAAAAGUUAAAAGAUACCGCAUGGAUCACGGUGAUGCUAUGGAAGACACUGUCCAUCAGUUUAAGUCUCAAGGUCAUUCAAGAUCGCUCCCAAGAUCUAGAGCAGAGCGGUAUGAAGACAGUUUUCAUGACGAUGGGAGAUACUCCCAUGAAGGUUCCCUGCACCAUCCCCGUGGCAGUUGGAGAGACGACCCCAGGGAUGAUGAAUUUCCGGGGCCCUCCUUCCGGUCCAGCAGCCCCCGGAUGAGCGACGACAACUACUACCACGAAGACUUUGGCCGCCCCGCCUCCCGGGAUCGGCAUUUCUGCCGCCCCAGCUCCAGGGAGCGUGACUUCGGCCAGUUCGCCUCGCGGGACUGGGACUUUGGGCACCGGGAUUUUGGCCACCUGAGCUCCCGGGAUCGUGACUUUGGCCGCCCCGAUUCUCGGGACCGUGACUUUGGCCGCCCGAGUUCUCGGGAGCCCUCGUGGUCUCGGGAGGGUGACUUUGGUCCUUCUGAGAUGUUGGGUGACUUUAGGUCCCCCGGGCUUUUAGAGGAUGAGUACAUAGACAUGGAAAGUCAAGAUUACGACCUGGAAUAUUCAGUGGAGUCGGAAUCCGAAUUCCAGCAGCCGAUGCACAGGGGAAGAGGAAGGGGUAGGGGAGGGGUUAGAGUACGAGGGCGAGGUCGCGGCCGAGGUGGCGUUGACCAGGGCAGAAUUCUUCAGGGCAAGCAGAUGACGAGAGGUGCCCUUCGAGCCAAAGUGAUUAAAGGGGACGUCAGGAAAGUUACCAAUGCCGCCCUGAAAAAGUGGAACGCUAAAAAAGUACCCCCUCCAACUCCCCUUCGAGUCGUUCAGAAGUUUAAACUCCAGCGGCCCCGGAAGCCGACUGUCCGGUCGACCGUGCGGCCUGACCUGAACCCCGGGGCCGUCCAAAGGAACCAGCCUAACCAGCAUCCUUUAAGGAAGGCGAUCCCGAAACCGAAUCAGAAGAUGGCCCGGCCCCCCAGAAGAGAGCUCAACUUCGAUCAGGUGGACAAGUCGGACAUUUUUUCUACAUUUGGAAUGGAAAUCAUCAAGUGGGCUAGAUUCCACACCAUCAAGGACGAUCUUGAAUUUUCACAGUUGUUUCAGACGCUCUUUGAUCUGGAAACCGAGACCUGUGCUAAAAUGUUGGCCUCGUUCAAGUGCUCGUUAAAACCGGAGCACAGAGAUUUUUGUUUCUUUAGCAUCAAGUGCUUAAAGCACUCAGCCCUGAAGACGCCCAAGGUCGAUAAUGAAUUCUUAAAUAUGCUGUUGGAUAAAGGGGCUGUGAAGACCAAGAACUGCUUCUUUGAAAUCAUCAAACCGUUCGACAAGUACAUGAUGAAGCUCCAAGAUCGCCUUCUGAAAAGCGUUACUCCUCUGCUCAUGGCCUGCAACGCCUACGAGCUAAGCAUCAAGACAAAGGGUUUUAGUAAUCCCGCGGAAAUGGCCGGUGCUCUCGAGACCACCAAUUCCCUGUGCCGUAAGUCUCUGGCGCUUUUGGGCCAGACCUUCUCCUUAGCUUCCAAUUUCCGUCAAGAGAAAAUAUUAGAAGCGGUCGGACUCCAGGAAAUGGCUCCGGUUCCAACGGCCUUCCCAAAUUUUGACGAUUCGACUUUGUUUGGAAGAGAGUAUAUUGAGAAUUUGAAAGCCUGGCUGGAGAAAAGCGGCUAUCCGAUCCAGAUGAAGAAAGUGGAAACUGAGCCUCAAGAAGAGGUUAAGAAACCUGUUCCUCCUGCAAAACCGAAAGCUAAGGCAGAAGUGCCAAGUGACGUCCCACAGCGGGCAGAUCGAAAAGUUGUAGAGAUAAUUGAAAAAUUAGUGAAGACUAUAAAUGAGGGUACCCUAACUCCAAAAGAGAGAGCUGCUCAAAAGAAGAAUCCUGAUUUUUGGUUCUUGUCUGAGGAGGAUAGCCUGGAGUAUAAAUAUUACAAACUAAAGCUAGCAGACAUGCAGCGGGUGAAGGAGACCCCAAAAGGAGGGGAUCACAAGCCCACUCCGGAAGAAUGUGCAGUCAGGGCCAUGGUGUAUGCCAGGAAAGUCAGAAACCUGAAGAAGAGGUUGAUUCCGAGAAAGAGGCUUGGGCUUCACGCGAACCACGGAAUCGGAGGCUGGAGGAUGAGGAAAUCUACAGUAGGGACCCAGACCCUGCUUUCUGCUGGCACUAUGCUGAAACACCAGGGCAAGCAUGCUCAAGGCUCGUUCCGGGCAGAGACCUCUAGGGCAGAGAUAAACAGUUCUGAGAAGUGCUCGGCCUCAAAUGCUUCCAGGUCUCACAGCAGCACCCGCCCGGAUGUCUCCGCUCCCUCAGUAGCAGCAGCGGCGGCAGAGACAGUGGGCAUUUCACGGCCCUCGCAGUUUGAUGAUGUGGAUGCCAAAACGAUGGAAACUGCCGAGAAACUGGCAAAAUUUGUUGCCCAGGUGGGACCAGAAAUUGAGCAAUUUAGUAUAGAGAACAGUGCAGACAACCCAGACCUGUGGUUUCUACAUGACCAGAAAAGUUCUGCUUUUAAGUUCUACCGAAUGAAAGUGUAUGAACUAUGUCCCUCCAUCAGUUUCACGCCCACUCCAGCAACAGCAAAAGUUGGAGAUGGCCCCAAAUCGGAUCGCAAUUCAGACCAGGAAGAGGAGGCGGAAGAGGAGGACGAACUAGAGUUCGAGGAGGAUCCCUCCCAGCAAGAGGCUGAGAUCGAGGAAAUGGAGUUGGGGCCAGAAGAGGAGGAGGAAGACGACGAAGAGGAUGAAGAGGCCCCGUCUCAGGAGGUGUCUUCCAAAACUGAAGAUAUUGCAAAUGCAUCUCAGGCGGAAGGGUUCACCUCAGAGGACGCCCAGAACGCUCUGUCCCAGCCUUCUUCCACGAGUUCCCAUUUCCCCCGAAAGAGAAUUAGCAGCAAGUCCCUAAAAGUUGGCAUGAUCCCGGCACCCAAGAGGGUGUGCCUCAUAGAGGAGCCUAAAGUUCAUGAGCCUGUGCGAAUUGCUUACGAUAGGCCACGGGGUCGUCCAGUUCCCAAGAAGAAGCAGAAGCCAAAGGACACAGAGUUUGCUCAGCAGAGACUGACAAGCUUGAAUGUGGGUUUCCAGAUGCUCCGGAAGAUGGGCUGGAAAGAGGGUUAUGGUCUCGGUUCAAGAGGGAAAGGAAUCAAAGAGCCCGUAAAAUUGGGAACUACCUCUUCAGGGGAGGGCUUGGGUGUUGAAGGGCAAGCAAAUAAAGAAGAUACAUUUGAUGUCUUCCGUCAAAGAAUGAUACAAAUGUACAGGCAAAAACGAGCAAGUAAAUAGUUUCCAGGGUCUCUUCCAUGAAGACUACAAGCAUCAGUGAAAAUUUUAACUUACUUCAGUGGUGUGAUUACUGUCUCUUGGUUUGUUCUAAUCAUCGGUAAUCUUGUAGAAAAUUUUUGACGUUUAUGUUCCAUGUAAAUUGGCAGUGCUAAACUAAUGAUAGAAGAUACUUAUGUUGUCACAUAAUGGAAAUUUCUUUUUUAGUAGACGUAUUAAGUUGUGAAAGUU